CUUAAAGAGCAAAAAACCAAAAAACAAACUAGUUUGAUCAUUGAUGCUUGUCUGAGUGUGCGUGUCAGUGAGUGGAGCCGGAGUGAAAGACUGAAAAAUGGACAAGCCUCUGCUAUUCGGAGAAAGCAGCAACGGCGGUGGAAGGAGAGAUCCGUUAUAUCGUCGCUCUGAAGCUAUUACUUACGGCUCUUCUUACCAGAAAGCAGCUGCCCUCGUCGAUCUGGCUGAGGAUGGUGUUGGUCUACCUGAGCAAAUUCUUGACAAAUCAAGCUUUGGAAGUGCUGCAAAGUUCUACUUCAUCUUUAUUAAAUUCGAUCUCAUUUGGACCCUUAAUUACUUUGCAUUGAUUGUCCUAAAUUUUUUUGAGAAGCCUUUGUGGUGUUUAAGGAGUAGUUCAUAUUCUUGCAGUGAUAGGGAAUACUUUUUUCUUGGGCAGUUGCCUUACUUGACUUCCACAGAGUCUCUUAUUUAUGAGGUUGUGACUCUCCUUCUCCUCAUGAUACAUACUUUUUUCCCUAUUUUCUAUGAAGGGUCCCAUAUCUAUUGGAAACGCCCUCUUAAUCAGUUAAAGGUCAUUUCCCUCUUAAUAUUGGUGACAGAUUUACUGGUUUAUGCUCUCUAUUUGUCUCCGGUAGCCUUGACAUCUCUUCCAUUGAGGGUUGCGCCAUAUGUCAGAGUUAUUAUUUUCAUCCUCAACAUUAGGGAAUUACGAACAAGCAUCCUCAUUUUGGCUGGAAUGAUCAAAACAUACUUGAAUGUCUUGGCUUUGUGGCUGCUAUUUCUUCUUUUUGCCAGUUGGGUAGCAUAUGUCAUGUUUGAAGAUACACAAGAGGGUAAAUUGGUAUUUACCUCAUAUGGUACCACGUUGUAUCAGAUGUUUGUUUUAUUCACCACAUCCAACAACCCAGAUGUAUGGAUACCUGCUUACAAGGCUUCGCGUUGGUAUUGCCUUUUUUUCGUCCUCUAUGUCCUGAUUGGGGUUUACUUUGUCACAAAUUUAAUCCUUGCUGUUGUAUAUGACAGCUUCAAAAGUGAGCUUGCAAAACAAGUCUCUGAGAUGGAUCGAACAAGAAGAACUAUGUUGUGUAAAGCCUUUGAUCUCAUUGAUGAUUAUAAAGUUGGGUUCCUCAACAAGGAGCAAUGCAUUCAUCUGUUUGAAGAACUGAACAAGUACAGGACUUUGCCAAAAAUAUCAAGGGAAGAAUUUGAGUUAAUAUUUGAUGAGCUGGAUGAUAGUCAUGACUUCAAGAUCAACUUGGAUGAAUUUACUGACCUUUGCAACGCCAUUGGUCUAAGAUUCCAAAAGGAGGAUUCUCCUUCUUUGCUUGACAGAUUUCCAAUCUACCGUUCACCUUUCUCUGAAAAUUUGAAAGCUUUUGUUCGGAACCCCAUAUUUGGAUACAUAGUAUCCUUCAUUCUCAUACUGAAUCUGUGUGCAGUUAUUAUUGAGACAACGCUUGAUAUUGAAAACAACUCUGGUCAGAAGGUGUGGCAGGAGGUUGAGUUUGUCUUUGGGUGGAUAUAUGUACUGGAAAUGGUACUGAAAGUAUACGCCUAUGGAUUUGAAAAUUAUUGGAGGGAUGGGCAGAAUCGCUUUGAUUUUCUCAUCACAUGGAUAAUAGUUAUAGGAGAAACUAUAACUUUUGCAACUCCUGAUGGACUGGAUUUUUUUUCAAAUGGAGAAUGGAUUCGCUACCUUCUUCUUGCCAGAAUGCUAAGAUUGAUAAGGCUCCUGAUGCAUGUUCGAAGUUACCGAGCUUUUGUUGCCACAUUCUUAACCCUCAUACCAAGUUUAAUGCCAUAUCUUGGGACCAUAUUUUGUGUCCUAUGCAUCUAUUGCUCACUUGGUGUACAGAUCUUUGGUGGGAUCGUCAAUGCUGGGAAUUCCAAUCUAGAUGGAACAGAUCUCAGUGAUGAUGACUAUUUGCUUUUCAAUUUUAAUGAUUACCCAAAUGGAAUGGUGACACUUUUUAACUUGCUAGUUAUGGGAAAUUGGCAAGCCUGGAUGCAGAGCUACAAAGAAUUAACUGGAACUUCGUGGACCCUUGUAUAUUUUAUCAGCUUCUACCUAAUUACUGUAUUGUUACUUUUGAAUUUGGUUGUCGCUUUUGUCUUGGAGGCAUUCUUUGCUGAAAUGGAUCUUGAGACGUCAGGGAAUUGUGAAGAAGAUGACAAGGAUGCUGGAUCAGGAAAAUAUCGAAGAAGACUUGUUGGCACGAAGACUCGUAGUCAAAGAAUUGAUAUUCUACUACAUCACAUGUUGAGUGCGGAGCUGGACAAGGGCCAGUCCUCGCCCUCCUCCACUCCAUAGUUUGGAUCUCAUUUCUUCUUCUGGUGCACCAGCAUGUCAUGUUUGGAAGUGUUCCAACUCGGUGAGUAAUUGAUCAAUGUACAGCCAAGCUGCAUUCGAAAAUCAUUAUCCUUGUAACUUGGUUUUCUGGUUCUGCUGUGGAGUUGUUAUAUAUAUUUGUGUUGGGUAGGAUUUGUACCAGAUCUGGUU